AUGACGUUACCCAUCUCCGGCGCCGGCGCCGGCGCCGUUAUCAUCACCGCCGUUAUCUCACUGAUAAUUUCUGUUUUACUACCAUUUUCUCAUGCCCUCGGUAGUUCCGCCAUCACUUUGGCCGUCGCUUACGGCGCCAACAUCACUAUCUGCGGCAUAGUAGCUUCUCAACCAAUCCAAAGAAUCCAAUGCUGGUCAGAAAAUCAGACAGCACCCAUCCCCAUACCUCCUAACGUCUCCUUUAACUCCAUCGCCGGCGGAGUUAACGGCUUCACCGGCGUAGAAACCGGUGGGUUUUCCCUUCUCUUCUGGAACUCAAGUUUUCAACCCAAAAGACUUUUCUUCAGUUACUCAACUUUGUUAACAACUGUUACAAUGGGAGAUACUCAAAUUUGCGGCUUAACAAACGGUACCCAAAAUGUUAAAUGUUGGAGAGAUGACUCGAAUUUGGCGAAACAACCAAAUGGGUCGUCACAAUUCAUGUCAAUUUCAUCUGGGUCGGGAUUUUCUUGUGGAAUUUUGAAAAGUUCAAAUAGAGUUGUAUGCUGGGGAAACAAUAGCGAUAUUGCUUCAGCUAUUCAAUCUGGUUUUGCUAAUAUUACAGUAGUGAAUAUAUUUGCCGGUGGAAAACAUGCUUGUGGGAUGAAUUCUACAGGUUUUUUAAUUUGCAAAGGACAUAAUGAAAAUGGUCAAUUAGAUAUUCCAUCUAAUUUUGCUUAUGAGUAUAAUGGAUUAGCUUUAGGGGUUAAUCAUACUUGUGGGGUUCUUAGAAUGAAUUAUACAGUUGUUUGUUGGGGUGGGAAUGGUGAAUUUUCGACGAAUUUAACGAAAGGUCUUUCAUUUGAAUCAAUUGUUGCUGGUUUAGAUUUUACUUGUGGAUUAACAAGUGGGAAUUUUUCUGUUAUCUGCUGGGGACCUGGUUGGAGUAGUAAUAUGUAUCCUUCAGGUACUGAGCUUCCUUUACCAAUGAUUCUUCCAGGUCCAUGUGUUCAGAAUGUAUGUGAUUGUGGUGUAUAUCCUCAAUCGAAAACGUUGUGUUCGGGGAAUGGUAAUAUUUGUAGGCCUUGUGAUUUUUCGGUUGGAGUAGCUCCACCACCAUCACCACUGGUGUUUAUUUUGGUGCCAUCGUCGCCAUCUAAGGGGUUGAGAAAGGGAUUGUUAGCUUUUGUGAUUGUUGGAUCAGUUGGGGCUAUUGCAGGGAUUUGUACUGUUGUGUAUUGUUUAUGGACUGGUGUUUGUUUUGGGAAGAAGAAAAUUCAUAAUUCUGUUCAACCUACUAUUAGUACUAAUAAUGUUGCUCAACAAUGUUAUAGUAGUGGUCAAGUUUCAAGAUCAUCUACUCUUAGGCGCCAAGGGUCGAGGUUAAUGAGGCGUCAAAGGAGUGGAACUUCAUCUAUACAUGGUGAUAGGGCAGAGGAGUUUAUGUUUUCGGAGCUUGUUGCAGCUACGGACGAUUUCUCUUUAAAGAAUAAGAUUGGUGCUGGCGGCUUUGGGGUUGUUUACAAGGGAAAAUUAGCUGAUGGCCGUGAGGUUGCAAUUAAGCGUGGUGAAAUGAGUCCAAAGAUGAAGAAGUUCUUGGAGAAAGAGAGGGCUUUUGAAUCAGAGUUGACGUUCUUGUCCCGACUACACCACAAACACUUGGUUAGAUUGGUUGGUUAUUGUGAAGAAAUGGAUGAAAGACUCUUGGUUUAUGAGUUCAUGAAAAAUGGGGCGCUUUAUGAUCAUUUACACGAUAAGAACAACGUGGAGAAGAGUAGUAGUGUAGUCAAUUCUUGGAAAAUGAGGAUCAAGAUUGCAUUAGAUGCUGCUCGUGGUAUCGAAUACCUUCACAAUUAUGCAGUUCCACCUAUAAUUCACAGGGACAUCAAGUCAUCCAACAUCUUGAUCGAUGCAAAUUGGAUCGCAAGAGUGUCAGAUUUUGGAUUAUCCUUAAUGUGGCCGGAGACUGAUGCCAGUUUCAGUCAGCCAAUGAGGGCAGCAGGCACAGUUGGGUAUAUCGAUCCAGAGUACUAUGGCCUAAAUGUCUUGACAGCAAAGAGUGAUGUCUAUGGACUUGGGGUGGUAUUGUUAGAACUUUUGACCGGAAAAAGAGCCUUAUUCAAAACUAGUGAAAACGGGGACAUGCCAAUGAGUGUUGUCGACUUUGCAGUACCAGCAAUUAUGGCUGGAGAAUUAAACAAGAUUUUAGAUCCCAGAGUUGGGCUGCCAGAGCUGACGGAAGCCGAGGGAGUAGAAUUGGUGGCAUAUACUGCAAUGCAUUGCGUGCAUUUGGAAGGAAAACAUAGACUUACAAUGACUGAUAUUGUUUCUAAUUUAGAGAGAGCUUUGGCUGCAUGUGAUGAUAGCCAUGACAGCAUCUCUAGUAGUCCAGACUCCAUUAAAUCAGAUUGACAUUCCACGCAUAUGUCCGCGAAAGACUCCUACCAGUAUCACUAGACGAUAAGUUUUGGUGGUUAGAAUAGUACGAUUCGUGUACAAUUGUUGUUAGUGUAAACUGUAAAUUAUCGAUAGCUGGAAUGAAAUUCUUUUUCUUCCUAGAA